AUGUCAUUGCCAAAAUCACCUCCAAUCUUUAAACCUAACAUUAAGAGACCUCAGUACCGUAAAAAUCCAUUCAAGGAUCGUGGCCAUCAUGUAGAGAGAGUGGAGAAAUCUUGUUCUUCACUGCAGGGAGUAUUCACAAUGAGAUCAGCUUUUGAAGAUCUCACCAAUGCUUGUCAAAUUCAACCUGCCCAGCCCAAGAAGGGAUAUAAUGAGUUUGUAAAAGAUGUUUCCAAGAAGACAAAGGGGAAUAUAGCUCUAAGCUUGACCAAAACCAGCAAGAUGAAUUCUGACAGAUAUAAGCCAAAACCAGUAGUAGCCUCUUCCACACUGGUACUAAAUAAGGAGAAACUGCCCCCUGUGGAGAAAUCUACCAUCUCUAAAGCACCCACUACUGAGGAGGCAUCCGCCCUCAAAAAAACACAAGUUUCAGAAGAUGAAGAAAGUUGUGACCAUAUAACCAUAGUCAGCAAAUUAUCAUCUUCAAGGAGGCGAUUUUUGAGGUGUGAGAUGCCCUUAUUGAAGAAGACACUUGCUUUUCAGAAAGAAAAUGACAGUGACAAUGACUUUUUCCUAGAAGAAAUGGCAGUUAAAAAGAGACGUAAAAUGGAGGAAGCCACCACCAAGAAGACAUUGCCCUCCGAGCAGAAGACAAGUGCACGUAAGGAAUAUAAGUUCAGCUGGAAAGAUUUCCUUUCCACUGACGAUAGCAGUGAUGAUGACAAUCCCUUUGGUGUGCGGUUUUUGAAGAUUAAGAAGAAAUCUAAGACUGAAAAGCCAACCACGAAGCCCUUAUCCUUAAAGAUGUGUACUCCUCAAAGGAAGAGUUCCCACAGGAAGCCCCUGGCAUUGCAGUGGGUCAGCUGUAAAGACAAGCCACUCACUAAGGAGCCAUUUUCCUUUAAUAGAAAGCCUGCCAUGGAGAAGGAGUCCCUUUGCCAGGAGCCAUCUGCACUGCGAGAGAAACAUGCCAGUGAGGAGAAGUCGCUUUCUAGGGAGGCUUUGGCUCUUAAGAAGAAGCGUGCCAUUGAAGAGGCACCUCAGUCCAGCACUAUAUUUCCAAAGAAGCAGAAGCAGGCCAUUGGAUGGGCCGUGUUCCCUUCUAUGCCACCAGUAUUGCAGAAGGGCUGCCCUGCAACUGAGGAGCAAAUCCUCCCCAAGAUACCAUUGUCCUCAAAUAAGGAGCAAGUCACUAAGAGACCGGUGACGCCCUUACGGAAGCCCCUGGUCUUGCAGAAGAACACCUUUCAAGAGGACUCAGUGAAUAAGAAGCUGCUGUCCUCUAAGAAGCAGCCUUUCAAUGCAGGGGACGUCCUUUUGAAGGCUCCAUCAGCACUGACAGAGAAGCGCACUGCUCCUCAGGAGGUGUCCUUCUCAAAGAAGAAGAGCACCAUGGAAAAACAAUCACCUAUUAAGAGAUCCUUGACUUUGAAGGCAAAGCCUACCGGUGACGAGAUAUUUUUCUCUCCAGAGCUCUUUUCACCUGCUGUGACACAUGACAUUGCUGAGUCCACCUCUCAGGUGUCUUUGGUCUUGCUUGCGAAGCCUGAUCCCAAAGAGGACUCUUUCCAUGAGCUGUUGACCUUGAAAGACAAAAGCAUCACUGAAAGGGAGUCCCUUGGCAGUAAGAAGUUGCUUUUGAACCAGUUGUCCACUGAGGCAGCAACAAGCACAGAGUGCCAAUUAUCUUCAGAGAAGGAACCCACUGCUCAGGGGAAGAGAGGCCUCUUGCAAAAGCAGUUGGCUCCAUGGAAGAAUAUCACCAAGAAUGAGGAGCCUUUUACUAAGCAGCCACUGGCCUUGCAGGAGAAGUCCCACUCCAAGAAGGGGCCUCUGUGCCAGCAGCAGUUUUCUUUUAAGAGGAGUCUCACAUUUGAUGAGGAGUGCUACUCUCAGGGGCCUGUAAUAUUUCAGGAGAGGGCAAGAAUGAAGGGGGUCAUCCUGCAGAAGCAGCCCAGCCCCAGGAAAGAGGAGGCUCCGUGCAAGCAGCAGCUGUCCUUUCAGAAAAAGCUGUCCCUUGAAAAGGAUAGCCUCUCUGAGGGGCCCUUAAUAUUUCGUGAGAUGGCAAGAACCAAUGACGCUAAGCUGAGGGAGCCCUGUGCUUCACAGGAGAAGCCCAGCCCUGAAAAGGGGACUCUGUACAAGAAGUGCUUGUCCUGUAAGAAGACUCUCACAUUUGAUGAGGAGUGCUACUCUCAGGGACCCGUGAUAUUACAGGACAGGGCAAGAGUGAGGGGGAUUAACCUGAAUGAGCACUGGGCCUUUCAGAAGAAAUCAAGCCCUGAGAAGAAGAAGCCCAUAAUCAAAGAAGCAUUAGCCUCAGAGGCAAAGACUGUCAUCAAUGGGCCAUUCGUUCUCAAGGAAGUAUUGAUCUUGAAUAAGAACCUCACCACUGGGAAGAGGUUGUUCUUUGAAGAAACAAUGGCUUUGGGAGAAAAUUCUUUCCCCAAAGGAGCUACCUUUCUCAAGACAUUCUUAAUGGUCCCCCUAGUUAAGACCAGCUCAGACAUGUCCAGCACUGCCCUUGGAUCCAGAUUGGUGACUCCCAGAACUCCCACCACGUUUGGUGUGCACAGGUCCAGUUCUGACGGCAACUCCAGUACGUGUGAAUUUUCUUGCAACAAAUUUUCCACACCUAAUGGCAAGGGAGAACAGGUGAAUCAUGAACUGGAAGAUACUAACAGGUACUAUAAUGAUCCAUAUGUCAACUCAGCAUAUGCCAAGGAUAUCUUCAAUUAUAUGAAGGAGAGAGAGAAAAUGUUCAUACUUACAAAAUAUAUGAGCUGGCAGGUUGAGAUCAGCAGUGAUAUGAGAGCCAUUCUUGUGGACUGGUUGGUGGAGGUACAGAUGGGUUUUGAGAUGAGUCAUGAGACCUUGUACUUGGCAGUGAAGCUGGUGGAUCACUACUUGAAUGAGACAAUAUGCAAGAAGGAAAAGCUACAACUCCUUGGUUGUGCUGCCUUUCUGAUUGCAGCAAAAUUUGAGGAGUCCUCCCCACCUUGUGUGAGGGACUUACUGUACAUCUGUGACAAUAUUUACCUGCGACGUGAAAUGCUUGCCAUGGAAAUGAGUAUCCUGACAACCCUCAAUUUUGACAUCAACAUUCCUAGCGCCUAUCAUUACCUGCGGAGAUAUGCUAAGUGUGUCCAUGCCAGCAUGAGGACACUGACCUUGUCCCGCUUCAUCUGUGAGAUGACCCUGCAGAAGUAUGACUACGUCGAGGAGAAGGCUUCCAAGCUGGCAGCAGGUGCCUUCCUCCUCGCCCUCUACAUGAAGAAUCUCAGAGACCAGGUUCCUUCCUUAGAAUUUUACAGUGGCUACACGAUCUCUGAGCUGUACCCCUUGGUCAAGCAACUGAAUGGCACUCUGACUCUCCAUUUUCGCGACAAGCUCCGGACUGUGUAUUCCAAGUAUUCUCAGAGUGACUUCUUCAAAGUCUCCACAAUCCCUCCCUUGGAAAUAUCGAAGCUGGAGGAGAUGUUCAAGGCUAAUUGUGAGGUGGAGGGCCUGGUUUUCUGGCAGUAG